ACGCACGAUGAGAGCACGUGCAGGAAGUGCUGCAGGAGGUGCUGCAGGAGCUGGGAGGCCAGCUGCGGCAGCGGCAGUGCGUGGCUGGACCCACACGCGCUCAUCUCCAGCAGUGACGCUGCCAGGUCGAGGCAGCGAAGGGCGGAAGAGGGUGCGAGGUGAGAAGAAGGGGGGUGACAAGAGGCAUUCCCCCACUGCCGCCAAGCAUUACUUGCGGAGCGCACGAGCAGCACGGAGCGGGGCGAGAGGCGGCAGGGGCGGCCGUAGCAGCAGCAGGCGAUGGUGA